UGUACGCGUAACGCCUGCUAUUUCGCCUCGCCUCGCCUCGCCUCGCCUCCUUUUUCGUUUCGUUCGUCCGAUUCGCCUCCACGUUCAAAAGUGAAUUUUUAUAUCGAGCACGCGUGCAUAUACAUACAUACAUAUAUAUAUAUAUAUACAUAUAUCGGUGAGAAGAGCGAUCUUUCUUAUCCUUCGAUUCUUAUUCUCUUCCUCCCUUCCUUCUAUCCCUGCCUUCUACCUUCUUUAUUUACGUCCGACCGACGCAAACCGACACAUUGCUCUAUCCAACGCUCGUGAAAACAAUUCGACCCCUCGUUAAUCUUCCCCCUCGUUUUUCUUCGCAUAUUCGUCUAACAGGUAGAAAAAGGGAAAGGAAUGACAGGAAUCUUCGAUCUUCCGUCCGAUCUCGUGGAACGAGAAUCGAAUCGAUCUCGUCCCAAUUUCUUACGUCCUUCCUACGCCCGAUAUCGAUCGAAAGCUCGACGGUCGUUUAUCAAUAUCGUAACGUAAGUAGCGUUAUUCCCGAUUUUCGCCCUUCUCCUCGCGUCUUUUUUUAAAUCGAUCCAACGUACGAUCAAUUGUUAUUCCGCCCUUAAGUAAACUGUGCUUUUUGUUUUUCUUUUACAUUUUUCGAGAUAUCGGCCGAGAUAUCGUCGUACGAUAUUUCGACGAGGGAAAGUGGCGCGUUACGAUCUUUCGUUUCGCCGCGUACUUCUUCUUCUUCGGUGGCGAAUUUUUAUCUUCGUUCCAUUUAUCGAAAUCGAAGAAGUCGUAGAGGUAUACGACUCGGCGGGGACGCUACAUAUUACCCUUACCGUGAUUUCGUCCUCGUACGAAUCUUAUUCGACGUCGAAUCGUUGCGUUGGGAUCGGGUAACAGGACCGCCGCUGCGGCUUAACGAGUUCAACGAGUUUUUCUCGGUCGACCGUUCGGUAAUUGGGGAUCUGGUGGCACACGGAAUUUCCACCGAUACGAUACUUUUAUCGACGAAUUAAUUCGUAUUGAUUCGCUGUGGCGGAGCACGCGAACGAAAAAAAAAAAAAAAAAAAAAAGAGAGAAAGAGGGGAAAAAAAAAAAAACUCUCGUGUUUUUUCGCCACACGAGUCGAUGACAUUGACGAGUGUUUUCGAAAUAUAUAUUCGAGAAUCUGGUAUACCUGGUAUAUGGAUCGUCACUCGUUUUCGUUACGCGUCUUCGCAAACAACGGUCGGUCGACGAGCACCUACUCCGUAUUCCACCCUUCGCCUUAUCCACGAAUUUACGAAUUUAACGAACAAAAUGGCGAAGGUGUUUAAAUUCGUAUUCGACGAUCGAAAGAACGAAACGUUACGGAAUUCUAGAUGGCGUUGAUGUCUCGCUCGUUAAUAAAUAAACGAUAUUAACGGUUAUUCGAGUCGGAAAAUAAACGACGUAACGAUAUUUCUGUCGCGUAUAAAGUUUCCCCGAUUUUAUUCGAAUGAAAAAAAAAAAAGAAAAGAAAAGAAAAGAAAAGGUAUGAAAAUUCUUCCCUUUUUCUCAAUCUCGAUGCGCGUUUAAUAUCAACGGACGAUUUAUACGUAACUCGUAACUGCUCUUUUUUUAAACAGACAAAUUCAAAGAUGAAUCGUCGAUGUAAGCAAGAUCGGAUAAAAUUUACCGCUCCUCUCGCGUAUUUUUUCCAUCGUUUAUCGCUUUGCUUUUGAUUAUUAACAUUGAUUGACACGAGCGCGACGAACAUCACCGAGUAUCACCGAGAAAGGUGUUAUCGCUGCUACUACUUUCUACUUUCCAUUAAACAAAUUGCUUCCCCCGUGCAAAUAUUUAAAUUAUCCACCUUCGAACGAAAUAUCGAGGGAUUAAUUUUCGGUUCAAAAUUAAAUUUAUCCUAUCCUAAUCAAUUACUCGAAUCGAUCCUACUUUUCUCGAUUUUACGCGAAAAGCGUAAAAUAUAACGCGAACAAGAUUAUUCGAUUACGCGUAGAUCGAUCGAAUAAGUAGCACGGAACACGGAAGAAUUCGGUUAACGGGUGGUGGUGGGGGGAAUGAAAAUUGUCGGAUGUUUCCCUGUUAAACAAGCCAGCACUCGCAACGUUUCCUACGUCAGGCGACGAGUAAAGUCCCUCCGGGCUGGUGGGCGUAUUAGCAAAUUCGAUUCGAUGUAACUUGCACCGUUCCAUCGCCGUCCCAGGGAGGGAGGGGAGGAGGGAUAAUGCGAGCGACGACCGCGUUUAAUAAACGUUUUUUCGCGCCCUCCGUCCGUCGAAAUCCCCAUCGAAUCGUGGUCAAAUUUUACGUAUGGAUGGAUGAAGGGAAGAGUGGAAGGAAGAAUUCGGCGUACAUGGCGCGGCGACAAAUGACCGCGAGGGGGAAAGGAACUCGUGUUCCCAGAGCGAGACUAGAGUUGCUUUCUCGUUUUCCAAAGAAACUUUGCCGAGAAAUCCAUCGAUUCCUACGAAUCCUUCCGACGACGAAUCAAAACCUCUUCUAUUCUAUUCGUGCCAACUUUUUAAAACUGUUGUAAAACUCGAUGGAGUAAUUCGUUGCAAUGUAGUUUGAAAUUAUUCUCGAAAGAGGAGAGAAAAAGAGAUUGGCCAGCGAAAAUCGUUAAUGAACCUCUCGUGUCGAUCUCCAGAUACCUGUUUCCACCUUAUUUAUAUCAACGAGUAACGAAAACGGAUAAAAAAAUCGACGGUUGCUUAUCCGCUGCUAAUCGCAUUUGAUGCGUGGCUGGCACGAGACGGCGGAUAAUAAGCGUAUUUCGGAACGAAGAUUGGAACGGAAGCGGUGGAAAAAGCGAAACGAUGCGGUAAAUGUCGUUUUAAAGGGGAAGUUAAAGGAGGUUCAUGCGAUUAAUCACUUAGCAGUUUUAUUCGAUUACGCGUUCCUGCCGGGUCCGGGAUGGGGGCGCGACCAGGAGGAGGAGGAGGAGGAGGAGGAUUUAGGGUGGCUAGCGACAAUGGCGCAGGUUGAAAGGAAAGUUGGAGUGGAAAAGGAGUGGAGGGAACGCGGAAGCCUUGCUAGUGGUAUUUGAUUUGUAAGGCGCGAGCAACACCGGCGUUAGAGUUGCGCUAUAAGGUUGCACCACGAGAGAGAUACGCGUUCAUCAAUCAUCGGCGAUAAAAUCGAUGGAAAAAGUCGAUGUUGCCUUUUCAAUAUGCCAGCGGCGUAUAUUCGUAUCGCGUAGAAAGAAAGUGGAUAAGGAAACGGGAGGGGAGGGAGCGAAAGAGAGCGAUGUUUGUCGAGCGAUCGGUCCGACAAUUAGAGUCGUUUCCUCUUCUUUGUCCCACAUGUGCACGAUUAUUAUUAUUUAUAUAUAUCCGAAAUAUCCGUUUUCGAGGAUAGAGUAACGCGCGAGGUUGGUGAUCGAUUGCAGGAUUAAUGGUAAAUAUCGUUUGGUAUUGCAGACUAGAAGAAGAAUUGGAGAAGAAGAAGAAGAAGAAGAAGAAGAAGAAGAAGAAGAGUGAGUGUCGAUGAUGGUAAUAUCGAUGUGAGGGAAGAAAAGUGAGAAUAAAAGAAGAAUCGAUAAGGGAGAGGGAGGGAGAGAAAUCUGGCGAAACGUGAACGGGCGGGUGAUAUGAGUGAAUACAGGAUCUUUCGUGACGUUAAAUGAUCGAGUUACGGCUCGGUCGAAACGAAUCCCGUCGAUUAAACGGCACGCGAUACGAUUAAAACGUGGCUGCUUCGUCCUUUUCGUUGAAACCCUCCUCCGGCCGGGUGAAAAGUGAAAGAAAGUUGUAAAUACGAAAAAAAAAGAAGGAAAAACGGUGUGGCCGAGCAGGAAAGGAAAGUUGGAAGAAGGAAGAGAUGCGGUGUCACCUUCUUUUCCCCGUUGUCGUCGCUUUCUUCCACGCUCUCGUCCACGCUCAAGGAGGCCCGCGAACGUUUUCUGCUAGGCCUUACCGAGGAGGACCGAUCGUGACGGCGAGGGCGGUUCUUCAAGGUACGGCGGAACUGCCAUGCGACAUUCGUCCUCCUCGACAAAAUGAUUCUGCGAUAUUAGUCGUUUGGUAUAAAAGCGAUAUCACGCCUAUAUACAGUUACGAUAUGAGGGGUAAACAGUCGGAAAAAGAUUCGCACUGGAACGAUAAGAAUCAUUUGAACGAUCGUGCCUUCUUCAGAACGGUAACCAAACCGGCCACUUUAAACAUCAAUCACAUCGAAGAAAGGGACGGGGGUGAAUACAGGUGUCGAGUAGAUUUUGCCAAGAGCCCCACCAGAAAUUCCAGGAUUCAUCUGACGGUUAUAGUACCGCCGCAUAAACCGAAUAUCAUCGACGAGCAUGGAACGAUUGUGCAAACGGUAACAGGUCCGUACGAAGAGAACGAGGAUAUGAAAUUGCAGUGUCUCGUGUCAGGGGGUCGGCCAGAACCGAAAGUAAAAUGGUGGCGUGGAGAAAUGCUUCUCGACUCGACGGACGAACCGGGAGAAUUUCCAUCCCUUCGUAGAAACACUUUAAUAGUAAAACAACUUUCAAGAGCUGAUCUUCAUGCUGUAUUUAUUUGUCAAGCAUCCAACAACAAUAUCAGUCAACCUGUUUCAGCGUCCGUUACCAUUGAAAUGCAUCUGAAGCCAAUGUCUGUAACGAUAUUGAGCAAUGAGCAUACACCUCUUAGCGCUGGUCGAAAGUAUGAUAUAAAUUGUAUAACCGUUGGAUCGAGGCCACCAGCUAAGUUAUCUUGGUACAUGAAUGGAAAGAAAUUGAAUAAUCACACGGAGAAGGUGUCUCAAGAUGGAAACACGACCAGUUCCACGUUAAUCCUGAAACCAACUUUAUCCGAUCACGAUAAAACGAUAACUUGUCGAGCGGAAAACUCUAAGAUUCAACGAAGUAUAAUGGAAGAUACGUGGAAAUUAAACGUGUUUUUCGUUCCAAUUUUACAUCUCAAGUUAGGAUCGAAUAUGAAUCCGGACGACAUCGAAGAAGGCGAUGACGUAUACUUCGAAUGCAAGGUCCAUGCAAAUCCUAAUGCUUACAAGGUCAUAUGGAAACAUAACGGAAACGUUAUUCAGAACAAUGCGAAGAACGGUGUGAUAGUGCAGGAGUACAGCUUGGCUCUGAGGAAAGUGAAUCGUUCUCAAGCAGGCAAUUACACUUGUAUCGCUAGCAACGUCGAGGGAGACGGUUACAGCAAUACCGUCGAGCUUAAAAUUAUGUACAAACCUAUAUGCUUGCCGGAUCAAAAACGAAUUUACGGCGUAGCGCGUCACGAAGACGCCCGUAUAAGUUGCAACGUUGAAGCGUAUCCACCGCCGGACAGUUUUCGUUGGACGUUCAACAACACGGAAGAAAUGGUGGACGUGUCCGAAUCGAAGUACAAGAACUCGACGCGCCGUAGUCAGAGCAUCCUUGUUUAUCGGCCGAUGACGGAGAUGGAUUACGGUACGGUCUCGUGUUGGGCGAGUAACACCGCCGGCCAACAGAAUAACGCAUGCGUGUUUCACAUCAUUCCAGCUGGAAAACCCGAGUCUCUGUACAAUUGCACGUUGUCCAAUCAAACGACUGAGUCUCUCUCAGUGGAGUGUUGCGUUGGUUUUGACGGUGGCCAACCGCAACACUUUCUUCUCGAGGUGUUCGACCAGCAAACGGGAAUACUACAAGCAAAUAUCACGUCGAAAAGGAAUGCCGCUUUCACCGUUCGCGAUUUAGAGGCUGGAAAAAUUCUCAAUAUGGUUUUGUACGCUGUAAAUGCAAAAGGGAGGAGCGAACCGACCUCGUUGGAAGGAUUCACGUUAAAGGUCGCUGAGAAACAGACUGGUAUACCGGUACCGUUUGAGAUCACUCCGUUAUUAGGAGGACUGAUCGGUGUAGUGACCGCGUUACUUUUCGUUACCGUAGCUACUCUCGUAGCUAUGAAGAUAAGAAACGAAAGGAGGGCUCAGAGACCGAGCGAUCUACCGUUAAAGAAGAGUGCCGUUCCUAGUUCCGAGGAUUUGUACGAUACCGACGACAGAAAUCCGGACGUUGUCCCCAUAAACAAAGGUUCAGAUUAUCAAUUGACGGGAUCGAUAUCCGGUACUCCGUUGGCUACGCAGAGCACGCCAGAUAGACUUCCAUCGACUUCGCUCUCUAUACAACAAGUGACUCAUCUGCAAGGAUUGUCACCGUAUUCGCAAGAGUAUAACAAUUAUCCAACAUUGUCGUUAUCGAACGAGGUAACGUACGCCGAACUGUGCCUGUCACGGCCAACGGCAUUGUCGACUUUGGCAACCGACACCAAGUUGACGGGUAUCGUAAGCGGAAUCGGGAGUUUAAGCACCCUGGAGAGUUACGGAAAACCGUGCACCAGAGAAACGACGAUUUACGCUUGUAUAGAUCACAAUACGAGGUCGUUAAAAGGCGAUCCCUCGCCGCCUCCUUUGCCGUUCACAUUGGCGCCACUAUCGACGAGAAGUACGUUCCAAGACUGUAACGUAUCGACCAUGAGUGGCAAACAUCCGACCAGAGAGGUUGUCACCGUGCGUACACCCUUGAUAUCGACCCAAGAGAGUUGCGUAUAGGGAUGCGAUUCCGACGCGCUAAAUAUCAACGAGUACUACGUUUGAUCGUGUGAUCAAUCUGCGCGUCUAGUUACGAAAUUUAUGGUUAUUUCUUUAACCAUUUGUCCUACCAUGAUGAAAAUCUACUACGCACACGCACACACGUACACACAUAUACAGAGAAAGAUACAUACAUACAUACAUACAUACAUGCAUACUCGUGUAUAUAUGCUAUUUAAUACCUAUAGGAUAAGCGUGUAAAGUAGUUAAUAAAAUCAAUGUCAAGUGGACUGAUCAAUCGUUAAUUGUCGAAUAUUAAUUGUGAAACAAAGUAGAGAAUAAAUACGAAGGAACAAUGAAUCGUCUUAAUCGUAUUUAAUGAUAAGAGCGUGAUAUUAUUGUUAAUCCACAAAUUGUUCAAGGAUAUUGAUCGGUUACAUUGAAAUUUGUUCAAUAAGACUGAUUUGAAAUUUGCGAGCGCUCCACUUAUUCCACUAAAGAACUAAAAAACUGUUUUUUGCUGCUAUUAAAAAUGCGAGAAAAAGAAAAAAAGGAAAAGGAAGGAAAAGUGUCAAAUAAGUUGCGGCCGCAUGAUUUCAGGAUAUGUAUUUAAUAAACGAAUGACGAUCGUUUCGUACGUACGUAAAAUCUUUUUUCACGGUAUUGUAAUUUUUACAAGCGCAAAAAUUGCGCUUAGGAACGUGUUGUAAUUUAGAAAUUAUUUUUCAACUUAAUUGUGCGUGAUAUAUUUUGAACUACGGAACGCGUAGAUAAUCCAACAUCACAAUCUUUUUUUCGAUAUCCCACAAACACAAACACGCGCAACACCAUUGAUUAUAUAAUAUUCGUUUCGCUUCGAAUGAUUUUACUCGAUAAAAUUUCUUGUAUGAAACUUUCCGUUACUCUUAAAGGAGACUGUGAUGUUGAGAUAAACGACCAGAGGAUUAGGACCAGUUUAAUUUUUCUCUCUUAUAUAUUUGUUAAUUAAUAAAUCGAUUAGAACUAGUCUAUCGGUAAUCGAAGAUGAGUAAAGUUUCUUCUUUAUUUCUUAUAGAAAAAUAUAGGAAUUCCAGGUUGUUCGGUCUAACAAAUGUGUAAAUAUUUUAUACCUAA